CUGAGGGACUUGAGAAAACUGUAUUUUUCCAGACAAAGGGGUUAAAUAGAGAGGCUAGUGGUGGAGGAGUGUGGAUAUGGAUUCCGUAGUACUAGAGGGGGCUACCCACAAAAAGGCUGGUCCGGGGAGUGUCCCAGGGGUGCCAGCACCCCCCGUUAAACGGCCCAAAGCUAAGAAGGCUAAGAAAGCUGUGGUUUUCUUUGAGGUGGAGAUUCUGGAUGCCAAGACCAAGGACAAACUCUGCUUCCUGGACAAGGUUGAGCCAAAUGCCACUAUUGGGGAGAUCAAGUCUAUGUUCCACAAAAGCCAUCCUCAAUGGUACGCAGCCAGACAGUCCAUCCGUCUAGACCCAAAGGGUAAGUCUCUAAAGGAUGAGGAUGUUCUGCAGCACCUUCCUGUGGGAACCACGGCAACCUUCUACUUCCGAGACCUGGGAGCUCAAAUCAGCUGGGUGACCGUGUUUCUGACAGAGUAUGGUGGUCCUCUCCUCCUCUACCUAAUGUUCUACUUCCGUGUUCCCUUCAUCUACGCCCCCAAAUAUGACUUCACCACCAGCAAGCACUGGGUCGUACAUCUAGCCUGUAUGUGUCACUCCUUCCAUUACCUGAAGAGACUCCUGGAGACCCUGUUUGUCCAUCGUUUCUCCCACGGGACCAUGCCGUUACGCAACAUCUUCAAGAACUGCACCUACUACUGGGGCUUUGCUGCCUGGAUGGCCUACUAUAUUAACCACCCACUAUAUACACCACCUACAAUCUAUGGUGAGCAGCAGGUCAGGAUUGCCCUCAUCAUCUUUCUGUUCUGUCAGGUUGGUAACUUCUCCAUCCAUAUCGCCCUGCGGAACCUCCGCCCACCAGGAUCUAAGACCAGGAAGAUCCCCUACCCCACUAAGAACCCCUUCACCUGGAUCUUCCUGCUGGUCUCCUGUCCCAACUACACCUAUGAGCUGGGCUCGUGGUUCGGCUUCACCUUGAUGACUCAGUGUCUGCCGGUGGCUUUCUUCACGGCGGUGGGCUUCAUCCAGAUGACGGUGUGGGCCAAGGGGAAGCACCGCAGCUACCUGAAAGAGUUCCGGGACUACCCUCCCCUUCGCUCGCCCAUCCUCCCCUUCGUCCUCUAGAGAAGACUGGAGACCCACCCAAACCUACACUACACUGGACUGACCUGGAAUGAGAACCCUGCCCCCCUUUCGCUCGCCCAUCCUCCCCUUCGUCCUCUAGAGAAGACUGGAGACCCACCCAAACCUACACUACACUGGACUGACCUGGAAUGAGAACCCUGCCCCCUUGACUACCCCCCCCUACCCUCCAAUUAAUAACACUUACCCCCCCAAAAAAAAACAUUUUGAGGAGACUGUCUUAUACUAUGCUUUCCCACACAGAAGUUUCUGCCUAACAAUGCUCCUCAACCCACGUGAUUGGCUAUUGUUAUUUUUCUUAUCUGAGUGUUUAAUAACCUGACUGACAGUCUGGCGUGUCUCAAAUGGUACAAUACUACAGGGCCCUCGGGUCAAAAGUAGUGCACUACAUAGGGGCUAGGGAGCCAUUUGGGAUGUGACCAGUAUCUAACAAGGUGUAGGUCUAUCUGCUCUGGGUUACUUUAGUUGUUUUUUACUCAUGUGAAGAAGUAUAACAAUACCAAAGUCUUUGAUCAGAAAUGGGGAAAUAAACCAUGAGCUUUU